ACCGCAGACCGUGAGCAAGUGAGUGCAGACACUAGACCAGUUACAACGGAGCAGAGCGUAGUAAAAUGUCAUCCAAGGACAUCGCAGGAUCUGGUCAGGGAACGAGUGCAUCAGGUGGUGACCAUACGGACCUCAACGCUAGAGAACUGUUCAACAGCAUUAAGGGACUGAAUUUGAACAGCUACGCCACGCGGAAAUCGAUCGCACAGGGAAUGCUGGAUCUCGCGUUACUGACCGCAAACGCAUCGCAGCUAAAGUACAUCUUAACCGUUGGCGUGGCGCACGAGUUCUACCACCUGCUGCUGACGCUUAUCAUUGUUUCGAUUUCACUGCAGUUGUUCCAGGCAUUGCUGAUCAUUGUGCUGGCCGUGGUGUUCGAUGUGAACAAGGUCGAGGAACAGAAACGCUCGGACUAUCUCAAUAACAUUCUGAUCGGCAUAACGGUGAUAAGUGUGGUCGUGAAUGUCAUUAUCAGUGCAUUCGAUAUGAAAUCUCAGAGCGACAUGCUGAAGCAAAGUUGAACGAGUGAUGAUUGGGCGUCAGGGAUGUAUCCGUUCUUUUCUUUGUUUUCCUCUGAGCAGAUAAGGUUGGUAAUAAGCAAUAAGCCGAAGGUAAACAAUCAUCAGAAGGUAAACAAUACAUAUUAGCAGCAUUCAGGAUCGCUUAUCACUUAGGUGAUAAAAUGAUUAUGGGUCACACGCGAGACAAAGAACUAGCUAUAAAUUCAACCAUCAAUUAAGCACGUGGCAAUAAAUAAUGUUAUUCACUGUUUAAAUCUAUUCUCCAAAAAUAAAAGAAAAAUCUGACAGUGACCGU